GGUGCGAGCCGAGCCGCUAAAGGACGUCACCGUCUUCCUAAAUGCAUUCCUGGUCCUACUUAAUAUUAAAUAAUUCUUGCACGAUUCUCCAUUCACGCACUUCCACUGAUAUUAUGGCACGCAAGGCCAAGAAUGGCUCCGGUGGACAGAAAGUAGUGGUCUCUUCUUUCCCAAAACACUGGUGGAGUUGGUGGUUCGGGAGGCACGAUGAAUUCUCCGCAACUGAUGGUGGACUCGGAUGGAUCAGAUGAGAGUGAUGCUGCAAAGAAGCAGCAACGCGUCCGAGCUCCAGGCAAAAGGAAAAUACACGAAGAUCUUGAUCCCAAAGACAACCUGUCCCAGCUAGCAUGUACUCGCCCCUCAAACAUGCCGUCUCAUCUUUCGUUAGGCGCGCCGGUCACACACAGGACUGCCAAGGAUCUCACUCCCACAUUCCUGAGGGAUGCCAAGUUGGAGGUUAGCAAGCCCGGCUUCAUUCGGUGGUUCAUCGCUACAUGCCCUCGUGAAUGCAGCGCGUGUGCAAGAAAGGUGGUGGCUUGUGGGCACCCGCCUGUGGCAGACGUCACCCAGCGCAACUUUAAAUGUAGAGCUUGCCGCAAUGAACGUGGUGGAAUAUGUAGCUGGCUCCAAGAUCUCUUAGAGGUAUACAUACGUGAGGCAUACCAGCUAGAUGUUGGAGAGGCGCGUGUAUUGGCAUCCUCAAAGUCAAACGAUCCACAAGGUACUUUAAGCAGCUACUACCAAACUUGGCUUGCAGAACCUACUGGACGCUGCUCUGACGAUGAGUCACGAGAGCGAUUGAAGACCCGCGUGACAUCCAUUUCCUGGGAUCGCUCACGCAAGAGGAAGAUGGAUAGCAGGGUUAGCUCCGCACAGUAUGACCUCCUGCACCAGGCACCUGCACAACGCCCCUCGCCGCAAUUGCCUUUGCCUGAGUCACAGCCUAAGCCACAGAAACGUGUCAAGCUGAUAGUGCACCCUCCACGGGAAACAGCUACCUCCGGUUCAGGCGUCCUCACCACCACCAUCCCCGGCCAAGGGUCCCUCGACACCUGCACCUGUCAAAAUUUCAGACUCUUUGCAGGGCACCCUCCACCCCUUUCAGCUUCACCGCCCAUUUCUUCAGGCCUACGUCAGCCCCUAAGCCUUGCAGUCACCCCUACUCUAGUGCCUGCAAAUUUUUCCCCACCUACAACUGCACUCGCAGCUAUCACCACAUUGGAGAUUCACAGUAAUGCCCCACAAUAUCAUAGCCCUGCUCAGGCAGACGACCGGCAUGCCACAUCCCAACACCACCCAGGUGAUAAUCUCCCAAACACCGCCCCCAACAACUUUAACGCAGGCACCAAUGAGGCAUUCGCCGGUGCAGAUCCCCGUCCCCCCUCCUGCAAUAUUGUCAGACUCAAGUCCGAUAUGGCUACCUUGUCAGAUGGGCUAGCAAAGCUUGCCGUGGAGGAUCUAUCCUUGCAGGCAGAUUUCUCCAAUCGUCAGGAGGCCGAAUCGUACCUGUUGAAAAUGUUGCGGGGCUCGCUGCAGGUGUGCGACUUCCUCAGAAAAAUUGUGGACCAACAAGAUUCUAGACAUGUUGCAGUCACCAGAAGCCUGGAGGAUAGGAUCUGCUCGCUGGCACUGGAAAAUGGGCAGCUGAAAAAGGGGGUUGCCGCCCAAUGUUUGGAACAAAAGAUCUGCCUAUUAGAGGUAGAGAAUGACCAACUGCGAGGCAGGCUCGUCCGCCAAGAUCAGGAGCUAGAGGAUGGGAGGCUGCAGGGGAGGACCGUCAAGGGCCUAGAACCAAAGAUCCGCCAGCUAGAGGCAGAGACAGAUCAAUUACGAGAGAAGAUUGACCAUCAAGAGCAAGUAAUUGCGACCAUGAGCGCUCGCACACAACUCGCAGACUGUGUGCUACGGCUAACCUCGCAGCAAGAUCUACCUGCUCCUGCCGACACCCAGGCGGACACCAACUUGAGGGGCUUGGUCUCCAUGAUCCAUGCGCGGCUGGACGGUAUUCAACCUACCCCUGCGAGACAGCGACUCAGGGGUUUGGGUAAAGGUGACGGCGAGUCGGAUUCUAAGGGAAUAGGGCAGUCAUAA